AUGUUUGUAACAGAGAGGUCGUUUCCUCUUUUUCUAGAUGUCAAAGAAUGCUCAAUGGCCGACAAUGUCUGUCAGAAUGGAGGAACAUGUGAUGAGAGACUGGGUUACUAUAUUUGUAACUGCCAACUUGGAUUUGCUGGGAAAAACUGCACCAAAGGUAUGGCUGACAGCUUCAGUAUCAAUUGCACACAUAUGAAGUGCGUAUUUCUCCAUUCAGAACAUUAGAACCAUCAGCGUUAACUAACGUUUACUUAACGUUGCAUAAUAAAAAAUAGGUUUUAUAUAGAUGAACGGCUGGGCGGUGUAUGGGCGGGAGUUCGAACGGACGAAUGGAUGGAGGAACGAAGUGAGCCAGUCAAGGAGCUCAAAGUACACCCGUGAAGCGGGGGCCAACUUUUGUUCCCCAGCAUUGAAAAUUGGCUUUCAUUUUUCUCUACAAAAUAGAAAGAAAUAAUACUAAUAACAAUAACUUGCGCGUGAACAAUCCCCGUCUGAGGGGGGCAAUCCCGAGUUCCUCGUAAUAUUAUAUACAUGUAAAUGCAGCUUGCUUAUUUUAAGUUGUCCAUCCCAAGAACAACACCCAAGAAAACAAACAACACACCGUGUAACAUACUUACGUACUACCAUUUGUAUUCGACAGUGUUCCAGGAAACCAUGAUUGACCUGGUGUUUAUGAUAGAUGAUUCCACUGUUCAGCCUCAGGCACACAGAAAUAUUUCCAAUCAAAUAGUACAAGUGAUCAAGUCCACGUUGAGCUACUUUCCAAGUCAAAACACAAGGGUUGGACUAGUCCUCUAUGCAGCUGAUACUACCACAGUGGGUAACUUUAAUGCCACGAGAAACGAAACAAAUCAAGCCCUGGACCUGCUACCACACCUUCCUGAAGGGACAUUCACCGGCAAAUCACUUAAUUACACAAGAGAGCAUUUCUUUAACAAUAGCCGUGCGAACGCACAUCGCGUCCUAGUAGUGUUCACCGAUGAGACUUCUAACGAUGUUGUUUCGGUUGCGUCUAAAUUGCUGCGUGACAUGAAUGUAACUAUCAUCGUAGUUGCAUUGGGGAAUUGGUUCGAUGUCACGCAAGUCAACAACAUGGCCAGUCUUCCCCGCUCAGCGACGGUGCUUUACACUACACACGUCGAAAUAAUGGAAAUACCUUGGAGGGUUCAUGAAAUGAUCGGCGAAGGUAUGUCAAGGGUAUAAAACAACGGAAUUAGAGGUAGAUAGAUGCUAUAACUCAACUUCUGAGCAACCCAUGUGAAAAUAACGAUACUUGUAUCAACUCCCUGUAUGACUACCGAUGUUCAUGUCCUAAUGGCUUUACCGGGUCAUGUUGCGAGGAAGGUAAGAUAACAAUUUGUUUGUUGUCUUUACUAAAAUGAUUAAAAAGGAAAGAGAAAUAUUGGAGUUCAUGAUGCUAGUGUUGAGGACAACGACGACGACGACGAUGAUGAUGAUACUGGUGAUGAUGUUGAUGAUAAUGAUGAUGAUGAUGGUAGAUCUAAGGGUGGACGGGGGACGGGCAGACCGGACAAAGGUAGGGAGGGGCGAAGGUAGUCGAUCAAGGAACACAAAGUUCAUCUCAGAAUUCCUCUCCUCUUUAUCCACAGCUGUUGACCAUUGUUUCAGCAACCCCUGUGCAAAUAAUGGUACUUGCAACAACUCCCUUCAUGGCUACCGAUGUUCGUGUCCUGAAGGCUUUACUGGGUCACUUUGCGAGGAAGGUAAUGAAGCAAUUUGUUUGUUUGUCUUUACUAAAAUGAUUGAAAAGAAAAGAGAAAUAUUGGAGUUGUUAAUCAUAAUGCUAAUGUUGAGGACAACGACGACGAUGAUGAUGAUACUGAUGAUGAUGUUGAUGAUGAUUAUAAUAAUGAUGAUGAUGAUGAUGGUAGAUCUAAGGGUGGACGGGGAAAGGGCAGACCGGACGAAGGUAGGGAAGGGCGAAGGGAUUCGAUCAAGGAACUCAAAGUUCAUCUCAGUCUUCCUCUCCUCUUUAUCCACAGCUGUUGACCAUUGUUUUAGCAACCCUUGUGCAAAUAAUGGUACUUGUAACAACUCCCUUCAUGGCUACCGCUGCUCGUGUCCUGAAGGCUUUACUGGGUCACUUUGCGAGGAAGGUAAGACAACAGUUUGUUUAUUUUUACUAAAAUAA